AUGUCUCAAAAGGCUUGUUUCGUGUGUGGUAAGAUCGGUCAUUUAGCCGAAGAUUGUGAUUCUGAAAAGUUGUGUUACAACUGUAACAAACCAGGUCACGUUCAAUCCGAAUGUCCAGAACCAAGAACUGUUGAACACAAGCAAUGUUACAACUGUGGUGAAACCGGUCACGUCAAGAGUGAAUGUACCGUUCAACGUUGUUACAACUGUAACCAAACCGGUCACAUUUCAAAGGACUGCCCUGAACCAAGAAAGCCAAGAGAACCUCGUAACAACGGUAGAUUUGGUGCUAACAGACACGGUAUGACCUGUUACAAGUGUGGUGAACCAAACCACAUGGCUAAGGAUUGUCCUCAAUCCGAAUCCAAGUGUUACUCCUGUGGUAAGUUUGGUCACAUGUCCAGAGACUGUCCAGAUGGUCCAAAGGAAAAGGUUUGUUACAACUGUAACGAAACUGGUCACAUUUCCAGAGAUUGUCCAAACUAA